AAUGCGCUUAAAGCAUAAUCCGACCGGAGUUCACCGUUAGGAAGCCAACGACGCCACCAAGAUGGCCGAUCAUAAGUAUAAACUGUUCCGGGCGGUCGAUCCGAGCCAAGUAACAGUGCCCUUGAAUGAGAAAUUCUCAAAACUGACGCUAUCCUCCCACAAGAAACGACAAGAGCAGCGGAGAGAUCGGGAGCCACAGCCAGAGGAGCAGCUACCCCAGCAAGCAGUUGCAAUGCGCGACAAUUUGGAGACGGAGCAAUUGGAUGGCUCCGACUAUAUGGAAGCCCUGCAGCUGAGCGCCGAUGGCUGCAGCCAACAGAAUACAGACGUCGAUGUGGAGCGACUCUCCGCCAGCAUAAGCCACCUGACAGUGCAGUCCAAGGAGCAGCAGCAGCCCCAGCAGGUCUCCAUUUGUAUUUCCUCCACAACGGAAGAGGAUGACGACGACGCCUCCUGCAUCACCAUAUCCGAUACCAGCGAGGACGAGGCCCAGGAGCAGCCCGAUCCCGAGCCCGACAGCAUGGCUGUAAGCGAACGAGAGCCAGAACAGGCGCCGCAGUCGAUGCUCACCAGUGACAAAGUGCAGCGCAUUGAGGCUUUUCUGCGUGAUGUGAAGCGUCAUGGCGGUGAUCACACACCCCCAUCAUCCCUUUCCUGCUCAUCCUCAGCAAGACGACGAUCUCAGAUAGCCAUAGCCGACACAGAAUCCAUGACAACGCCCAACACGGACGAGGAUUGGCAGCCAGCGGAAUCGAGUCCGCGCCCAAUUGACAGCAGCAAGCGACUGGCGGAUGACGACACAGUCCUGGACAUGGACAGUAGCAAGCGGCUGGCGGAUGAUGCCACCGAGGCCAACACACUGAGCUCUCUGGAUCCGGAGAGCCCCGAGGUCAAGAGUAUCAGCCAGCGGCUGGCCAGCAAUGAUACCGAACUGAAUACUAUGUGUUCCCAUGACGACAGUCACAACUCGACGCUGCAGGAGGAGGAUGAGCCUAUACCAGAGGAGUCCAUUGAGAUACCGGAAACUUGCAGCGAAGGCGAAGCCACACCACCGAGACCUAGUUCCGGCUCCUCCUCCUCCUCCUCAGGCGACUACGACUAUGAAGCACCAUCGGUACAAGUGAGCAGCAUCAAUAUCUCGGCCAAGAUCAACAUCAAGAUCAGCAUUCCCACCAUGCACUCGAGUUCAGGAGAGGAGCAGGAGGAGCAGGUGGCUGAGGAUGUGCAGCAGAAGAUUAGCUCCGAGCUAGUGGAUGUGGAGGAGCAGGCGCUCGAGCCGCAGAAGCAUCAAAAGUCCAUGCUCUCCACAGGCGAUGCCUCCGAGGACGAACAGUUCCUAACGCAAGCCGAAAAGCUGCUCAACCAGCUUUAUGGGAAAGCCUGGCAAACACCGGAUGUGAUCCGCACCUUGAAGCGCUCCAGCGGCAGUGGCGGCAAGACGGCUCCUCUAAAGCCCAGGAACAUGGCAGCGCCACCGAGUGCGGCCACCACCACCAAGAAGAAGAGGCAGCCGGUGCGGCCAAAGCCAGUGGAUGAGAGUGUCCUAGGCGACUUUAGCAUAUUUACUCGAGCCUUGCGCACAAAUCAGACGCCCCUGAACUCCACUCACCUGCCGCCGCCGCCGCCACCACCUGCCCGAGCCGUCCAAUCCGAGCGGCGACCAAGACCGCAACGUCCGCGCACCAACCAUGUGGACGAGGAUCGCUGGCGGGCGCUCAUAGACUCGGAGAGCGGCACUGAUGCCUCUGAUGAUGAGGAUGCGGAUGCCACACUCAGUGGCAGUGAGUCUAGCAGCGAUAGCUCCAGUGAUUCAGGCAUCAAGAGCAGGCCGAAGAAGGGUAAAGACUUGACCUACCUGGACUUGACCAAGGAUGAGGUGGAAGUGAUUAGCAAUCCAGAUGACGAGGAUUCCCAGUCACCAAAACUUCACCGGCGCCUGGACGACAUUCUGCGAUCCUGCCGUGCCACCACUAAGGCCAAACUCCCAGCCACACCUCCUCCGCCGCAGGCCACCACACGACGCCAGCUAUUCACACCAAACGCUGGUUACGAGGAUGACAACGAGGCCCGUGAAAUUGUGGACAAGGCUUUAGAUCUGGACAUGCUGGACGAACUGGAGAACGAUUAUUUGCCGGGCACGCCGGUCUACAAGCGUUUGCAGGAGGUGAAAAGAAAUCUGGGCAUAGAGCCGGAGACGCCCAAGGGAACUCCCAUUUUCACGAAACUGACAACGCCGCAAACAGCGCCGCCGCCCAAGUCUACAGCCAGGAAAAAGAAGACAGUGCAGCCUGUCCAGGUCGAACCUCGCGGCAAAUGCAGCUUCCUUAAAUCCCUCGAAAGCCAAGUAAGCCGAGAAGACGCAGACAAUGAGGCUUACUUUUAUCGGGAGAACUUUGCCAAGAACAAGGAGCUGCUGGCGCAGCAUCUCUACAAGAUGUUCAACACCCAGGUCUUUAACAAUGACCUGGAUGUUGAGCUCACCUGGUCGAAGCUGCUGCGCAACACUGCCGGACGAUGCAUGAAUAAGCGCAAAAACAAUCAGCGUAGCAGCGUCGUUGAGCUGAGCGUCAAGGUGUUAACCACGGCCGAUCGUCUGCGCUGUACCCUCAUCCACGAGCUGUGCCAUGCCGCCGCCUGGAUAUUCAACGGCGAGGGCGGCCAUGGACGGGUUUGGAAGAUGUGGGCCAAGCGGGCCAAUGACAAGCUCCCAGACCUGCCGCCCAUCAAGGUGUGCCACAACUACAGCAUCGAGUUCAAGUACACCUACAAGUGUAUGAGCUGCAACACAUCCUCUCAUGCCCACUCCCGCUCGCGAAAGGUGGAGAACCUACGCUGUCGUCGCUGCCGCGGUCCCAUCACACUCCUGCUGAACAAGAAGGACAAACAGGGCAAUACAGUGUCCACGCCGGCGGGCCAGGCUAAGGGUUUCGCCAAGUUUGUCAAGGAGAACUUCAAGAAGUUCAAGCAGGACCACUUGACAGCCGCCCAGGUGAUGCGUCUCCUCAGCGUGGAGUAUGCCAAGCAGAAGGAGGGGGAUCAGCCGGCAAAGGAGGCCGCAACGGCGGCGGCGUCGAUCGCCAGCCAUGUGGAGACACUCACACUGGACGACUAGCUGGACACUAGAGAAAGAGAGAAGCUUAGUUAUUUGGCAAUACCAACAUAAAUUCUAUCUAUAUAUAAAUUUAUUUUAUAUUUCCCGUU